AUGAGCGAUGCCCAAGACCCGGCCACAGUCCCUGGAGCUGGCACCCAGGUGAAGCUGAGGGGCUGGAGCCAUCAAGAUUUCAGACAAUACCUCCUGUCCAUGGUGCUUGUCUACUUCCGGCGUGCCAACCUGCAGCUCAGCAAGUACACCCACAGCAAUCUGUUCCUGGCACUGUACCUUGCGAAUGACAUGGAGGAAGACCUGGAGGACCCCAAAAGCGUGAUUUUUCCAGAGGGUGAUGAGUCUUCCCACCUCCGCAGACACCAGGAGCUCCAGGCCUUCCUCCACCUUCUGGAGCACAGUUUCCUCCAGGAUUUCCUCUCCAAAGAUCCCUGUUUCCAGAUUUCAGACAAGUACCUCCUGUCCAUGGUGCUUGUCUACUUCCGGCGUGCCAACCUGCAGCUCAGCGAGUACACCCACAGCAAUCUGUUCCUGGCACUGUACCUUGCGAAUGACAUGGAGGAAGACCUGGAGGACCCCAAAAGCGUGAUUUUUCCGUGGGCCCUGGGCCAAGAUUGGCGUCAUCAAGUGUCAGACUUCCUGCAUCAGAGGGACAAGCUGUGGGCACGGAUGGGCUUCAGGGCUGUUGUGAGACGUCAGAGCUGCGAAGAGGUCAUGGCCAAGGAGCCGACGCACUGGGCCUGGACUCGGGAGCGGCACCCCCACCAUGGCAGGGCUCAAAGGAGUUUCCCAAAGGCCCAGAUCCCCCUCCCCCGGGGUCCCGGCCUCUCGCCACCCCACUGUUCUCUUUGUGCCUUGCCCCCUCAUCACAGGCUCUGCUGCCUGCGCCCCUUGCCUGUCUUAUCCAAGUGCCUUUCCUACAAUGCUGAGUGGCAGCGCCCUUCAUCCCAAGCUUGGCCCUGGAGUAGGGGCUUCCUCAUUGUCCUGCCCACCCAGCUGCCGCUGGAGCCAGGCACCUACACCCUCCACAUCUUCUCUAAGCUGCUGCUGUGCCCUCGGCGCUGACACUCGCAGGGUGGACAGCCCGUCUGCUUGCCUGCUGGCCCAGUGCUCUGCUGACUGUGGCCCCUACAGCCUCCUGUCUUCUUGGCCUCAGGCUGGCAGGGCUGCCCAUGCCUCCUGCCCCUUCCUCCCAACCUGCAACUUGUACCCUCUCUGACCUGACUCCCCUAAU